AGGUGUCAUCAACUACAAGAAGAAAAGUGGAUUUCCAACAAGAAUCCUGCGUACUCUCCUGACCAUGUCCUGGAUCUGUGCUGUAUUGGCGGUGCUCUGCACUUUAGUGACGGUCCUUGGUGGAUCGGUGCUGGGUGAUGCGAAAGCCCGGAGCUGUGCUGAGGUGAGGCAGGCUUACAGUGCGAAAGGAUUCAGCCUCAGCAACAUCCCCUAUCAAGAGAUAUCGGGGGAGCAUCUGCGAAUAUGUUCAAAAGGUUACACGUGCUGCACCUCAGAAAUGGAAGACAAGCUCAGCCAGCAAAGCAAACUGGAGUUUGAAAAUAUGGUCGAAGAAACCAGUCACUUUCUGCGUACAACAUUUGUUUCCAGGCAUAAGAAAUUUGAUGAAUUCUUUAGAGAACUGUUGGAAAAUUCAGAGAAGUCACUGAAUGACAUGUUUACACGGACAUAUGGCCAACUGUACAUGCAGAACUCUGAAGUGUUCCAGGAUCUCUUCGCAGAGCUGAAACGCUACUACACAGGUGGCAAUGUGAACCUAGAAGAGAUGCUUAAUGACUUCUGGGCCCACCUACUGGAACGCAUGUUCCAGCUAGUAAACCCUCAGUACCAAUUCACAGAGGAUUACCUUGAAUGCAUCAGUAAAUACACUGACCAGCUCCAGCCAUUUGGAGAUGUGCCUCGAAAGCUGAAGAUACAAGUUACAAGGGCUUUUGUUGCAGCUCGGGCUUUCGUGCAGGGUCUGACCGUCGGCAGGGAAGUUGCCAACAGAGUAGCAAAGGUCAUUCCAACACUUGGAUGUAUCCGCGCACUAAUGAAGAUGAUGUAUUGUCCUUACUGCCAUGGCCUCCCCACUGUGAAACCUUGCAACAACUACUGUCUGAAUGUAAUGAAGGGCUGCCUGGCCAAUCAGGCUGAUUUGGAUACAGAGUGGAAUCUCUUUGUUGAUGCUAUGCUCUUGGUAGCGGAAAGGUUGGAAGGACCUUUCAACAUUGAAGCAGUCCUGGAUCCAAUUGAUUUGAAGAUUUCCGAUGCCAUCAUGAAUAUGCAAGAUCACAGCUUGCAAGUGUCAGCUAAGGUUUUUCAAGGAUGUGGCCAGCCAAAACCAAUGAAACCCACGCGUAGGACACGCUCCACUUCAGAAAAUUUUAAUUUACGGUUCAGGCCCUAUAGCCCUGAAGAAAGACCAACAACAGCAGCUGGCACAAAUCUGGACAGGCUUGUUACUGAUGUUAAGGAGAAACUGAAGUUGGCUAAGAAGUUCUGGUCCACAUUACCUUACAACAUCUGUAAUGAUGAUAAAGUGACUGCUGGUGUGCCGGAUGAAGAGGAUUGCUGGAAUGGACAUGCCAAGGGCAGGUACCUGCCUGAAAUUAUGAAUGAUGGUCUGACCAAUCAGAACAACAACCCAGAAGUAGAUGUAGACAUCACUAGACCAGAUACAAUGAUACGUCAGCAGAUCAUGGCACUCAGAGUGAUGACCAACAAACUGAAGAAUGCUUAUAAUGGAAAUGAUGUCAACUUCCAAGAUUCAAUUGAUGAAGUGAGCGGUUCUGGGAGUGGGAGUGGUUGCACGGAUGAAAUGUGCUCUCCAGAAUCUGAUAUUUCAAUAACUGAGGCUCCACCAGGACCCAACAAGAGUGAACCAAAAGAUUCUUCAGUCAGACCCUGCCCGCACUGGCUGGUCAUACUUGUCACCUCUGUACUCCUGGUGCUGCAAAGACAGUGGAGAUAAUCAGUGAUGUACAAUAAAGACACUGCCUUUUUAAUAAAGGACAAACUCUCUUUUCCUUUUGGAUACAUUUUCAAACACACAACUCAAUCUUGGAACAGUAACGGUUUUAAAGCAGAAGAGAAGAGGUACUUAGCCUACUGCCUUUACCCAAAGACCAUUCAGGUACAGUCAAUCAGUGCCAGGUUUCUUUAUAUUCACCCAGGCAUCAAAUGAAAAGAAAAGCUCUCUGAUGAAUCUUAACCUGCAGUUGGCUUUAUUUCCAGAAACAAGACAACAUCCUCUCUGCUUAUUUUAUGCAGCUAAAACAAAAAAAAACAGGAUUUGUUAAAUGACUUGGCCUGGACUUGUUAUGAUUUAUACAUAAUUCUGCUUUUAAUAUCUAAGUUCUACUUUUACAGUUUCCAAAAAGCAAAAGGAAUGGCUGGAAAACAUGCUGGAUAAUAGGAAUUGUUUCUGUUGUUUCUCUUUAUAGAGACUUCUACACUAAUGGUGAAGUUCAGUAACAAUGAUGCAUGAAUGUUAUUGGUUUAGUGGUGCAGUUCUCCUCAACCAGCCAACUAUUUUGUUGGAUUGUCAAUUAGGAAAUAGGAAAUUUACAGGUUUAUUAACAGGAUUAAUAAUUGGCUUUUUCUUGUCAUCCGUGAAUAAUUUGCAGUGUUACAAAUAUGUCUGCAGUUACCCCUAAUGCUCCUCUGUUUGUCUAAUGCUCCCUGUCUUUUUAAUAGGUUCCUGAACAACAAAUAGUUCUACUGUUGCCAGUCAUGUAACAAACAUGCAAAAAGCAGAAUUAUAGUUUUAUUUUCAACUUUUAGUUCUAGUGGUAAUCAUCUAUUUUUAUAUUAAAGCUUUUAAGUAAUUCUAAGUGUUAGCUCAGGGUUUAAAUAUCAUUGCAUCACCCGCAUUUUACCUUAUUUCUAAUCCUCACCACAAUAGUGAUUCAGAAACGUUUAUAUUGAAAAAAGGACAAGUUAUACAGUUGCAGAACACCAUUUGGCAAUAUAUUUGAUGAUUGCUUUGUGUCAUCACUAUUCAUCAGAAGAAAGUAUCUGAUAUUUGUAUGAAUUUGCCUUUGCUGUUCUGUCACAUAGGUAUAUCUGUAGCAAAUGAUUAUAGUUCACUUAGUUACAUGCAAUAUCUCUCUGAUGCAGUCUGGGUGAAGUUUUCAGUCACAGCAUGUUACUAUUAAGAGAAAAAUUAGAAUCCAUAUCUUUCAAUCCUUUGAACACAUUAUGCAGCUUCCAAAAGGUGCAUCUGAUGAACAGCUGAACAACAAAGCUUAGAACCAUGUGAAAACAUGCUGAACCAAAGAACAGUUCUAAUCUGUCAUUUGUCAGCUUUCUGAGCACAACCAUAUCUUACCUACACCAAAAAGAUCCUCAUUGCAAACUAAGGCCUACUUACUACAAAUGAGUAUUAUUUUUGUGAUAACUUAUCAUUAUUGUUUUCUUUUCAUGUUGGACACAACUGAGAGUCAUUCUCUAAGUAUAAUUUUGAACAUAAUUGUAGGAGCUCAAUUAUUGAGUCAUGGAAUCAUUGAAUAGUGCAGUCUUUGAUAAUACAUCCAAUUAGUCCCACUUCCCAAUUCUUUUCCCAUACCCCUGGAAUUCAUUAUUGGAGGAUGUAUACAAAUCCCUUUUAAAGGUUACGAUUAAAUCGGCUUUGACCAGCCUUGCAAAGAACAUAUUCUAGAUUAUAACAAUUCACUACAUAAAAACAUUUCUUAUCACCCCUGGAUUUUUUUUUACUAAUUACCUUAAAACCUUGCACACUCUGUUUAUCAACACUUCUAUCAGUACAAAACAGUUUCUCUCUCUCCACUGUCAUCAAAACUCCUCAUAGAUUUGAACACCUCUGUCGUCAUUUUUUUGGGCAAUUUUUCUGCAUUGGCUAUAGGGCUAAUAAUCUCAUGAUUGUGAAUACUACUUUUGUUCAAGCUGCAUUAAAUGGUCAUGUCAGUCCAACUCCUGAGAUAUUGUGAAGUGUACUUGAGUUGGAAUAGAACUAACAUAAUAGUUAGAAAUAAUCCAACCAAAUGUGAAUAAGGCCAAGAACAUGACAGGUGCAAUGAUCAAUUCUUUGUCAUGCCCAAUGAAUAUACCAAACUGUAUUAUUAUAAUAGUUGUAAUAUUGAAAAAAGAAAGCAGUAAUUUGUCUUUGGAAAUAUUUGUCUAAUCCAACGAGACAGGUAUUUUGCAUUGUGUGUUGCAUUUGAUUUAGGAGCUAAUGGAGAUUACUUAAGGAAAUUGCACUCCAAUCUUGACAGCUAUUUAGCUAGUAGUAUUAUUGUUUCUGUAUGGGAUUGGAGUGUCACUGGUAAGUUAGUUUUUAUUAUCCACUGCAGUCCAUGUGGUGGAAUUACACAGAGAGUGCUGUCAGGAUGGGUUUGGAGCAUUUGUAAUAACACUUGGAACCUCGAUUAUUCUGUAUUUCCAUAAGGUGACUAUAAAAUUUAACUUGAAUUGACAUGCUGUGAGAGAACUUAGCAAGCUUCACCAAUGCAACUGAACUUUGUAAAGUUUAUUUUCCACUCAUUCAUUUAUAUAUAGAUUAGACCAUUAAACAAAGAAUUGGAGCCCCAUUAAUUGAUACCCUGAAGAAGGUGAAUGAAUUCAAAUAAGAAUAAAUGAUGAAAGAAAUGUUAAGAGCAUGUUUGGUGAAUUAUGUUUAUUUUCUCUGCUGUUAGACCCAUGGCUCAGAAAAGUAGCUAGCCUAAAAUGUAUUAAGUUGUAAGGUUAGACUGAUUUCUGGACUUUUGAAAGGAGGCAAUCUUUUGCAACAUCUUUCCCCAUAAGAUUAAAUAGUUGAAUAUAAUCUCUGAUGUAGUGAAUUGUAAUAUUAUCAUGCGAGAAAUAGAAUGAGUAAUUAACUAAUAAUUACUGAGUUGCUCUCAGUUCAGGUUUUUUGCAUUUGUCCUGAGACCCACUGGAAUACUUAUCUUCAAAAUCUCCCUGUGAAUUGUCAUUUUUU